AUGAGGAAAAUAAAAGAAGUCGUAACAGGUAAAUACACUGAUAGAAGAAAAUCAGUUUUUGCUGAGGCUUAUGAUCCAGAAGAAGAUGAAGAUGAUGGAGAAAGAAUUGUAUUUCCUAAGUCAGAUGAACAAAGAAAAAGGUUGGCUGACAGUAUUCAAAAUAUUUUACUCUUCAAGUCCUUAGAUAAGGAGCAAAUGCAAGAAAUAUUAGAUGCUAUGUUUGAACGACAAGUUCAACCUGAGGAAUGGAUUAUUCAUCAGGGAGAAGACGGAGAUAACUUUUAUGUUAUUGAGAGAGGAAUUUUCAAUGCAUAUGUGUUACGUGAAAAUGAAGCUGAGCCGAUGCAUGUUCACACAUAUGAAGAUUUUGGUAGCUUUGGAGAAUUGGCUUUGUUAUAUAAUAUGCCAAGAGCGGCAAGUGUUAAAGCAGUGACAGAAGGUUCUCUUUGGGCCAUGGACCGUCUAACAUUCCGUCGUAUUAUCUUAAAGAGUGCUUUUAAAAAGAGGAAAAUGUAUGAGCAAUUGCUCGAGAGUGUUCCUAUGCUUAAAGCAUUGCAGACUCUAGUAGGUGUAGUUUUGGAUGUUGAAGCUUUUGAACGUUUGUUGGGGCCGUGCAUGCAGAUAAUGAAACGGAAUAUAAAUGAUUACGAAGAACAACUUAUAAAAAUAUUCGGAUCCAAGAACAAUAUCACCGACAUUCGAUGA